AAACAGAAUCCCAACUGCGGCGUGUAGUGGCGUCAUCACGAAGGAACACUGGAGUGCUUUUUCCCAAAGGGCAUUGCAGCAGAGAAUUCUGCGGGGCCUGACAGAUCGCCUGUUUCUAAAGUCCCUUCAGGUCCACGAAGCAUCGCUGCCGUUAGAAUAACUCCUGUGAAGACCAUGAAAAGCUCCCCCGACCUCAUGCCUGCCUCAGAUAUGGACCCCUCCAAAGUGUGUAAGGGGAGGGGCGUCGUGACCUUGAGGGCAACUCUUGUUCACAUCGAUGAUGAUGAUGAGAUCAGUACUCCUGGCACACACGCGCAACAAGCAGCACAGAGUCCAUCACCAGAAGAAGAUGGUUGUGUUCCUGACAGCAAUGGGGACAGCUCGGGAGUUGGUUUGGACGUGAAGGGCAGUCAAACGCCUAAUUUACCCACAGACAACAAAACCCUUUCAGAGGGGGGGAUAGCAGAAGGUAUUGAGGAGUCUCUGCUCACAUCAUCAAGAAAGGCCUCCUCCACUUACCCCUCCACCACCUUCGUAAACCCAACGAUUGUUCUUCUGCAGCACAACAGGGAUCCCACACCAGAAAGGGGCGCUGAUUCAGAGACAGGAAGUGCCAAGGUGCUGGACAGAGAUUCAGUGAAAGCUCCACAGAGUCACCACACAGAGAUGGAUGGCAAGCGAAUGAGGCUGUCACUGCACGCAUCUGGCAUCCGCCCACUGGAAGACAUUGGUGCUCCUGUGCGUAAUACCGAAAGGUCCAAAGACUGGUAUAAGAACAUGUUUAAACAGAUUCACAAAGUUCCAGAGGUUCCUGAGGAAAAUCCUUACCGCCCCACCUACAUAUUUCCAGAAACCAAUGACAGGCCAAUGAAAAUACGAGAUGAUGGAUAUUCCACCCCUGUGUAUUCAGAGGACAGCGGGAAAGCCGUGCCUCGCUCAAAGAGUGCAGCUGACAUUGGCAGGACUGACCCCCGGGGCAGCUCGCUGUCCAAGAUGCCCGUCCCUGCCCGUUCGUCAUCGCUUAGACCCUCCACUGAAAGGAAAGAUUGGGAGCCUCCCGACAGGAAGGUAGACACCAGGAGAUACCGCGCAGAGCCCAGGAGCAUCUUCCAGUAUGAACCGGGGAAAUCGUCUGUGCUGAGGGUGGAGAGAACGACACAGGAUAGUCCAGAAGAUAUAGAUUUAGAGAAUGAACCUUGGUAUAAAUUCUUUUCAGAGAUGGAGUUUGGAAAACGGAGUGCCCCCUCUUUCAGCCCUCUGGAAACACCCACCGACCUCAAGCAAUAUUCUUCAUGUGAACCCAACCACAGUGAGGUGGUGAAGGAUGGCGAAACGGCCGCCAGCGAGCCAGCAGCCGCUGACAGCGACCGCCACAUUUACAAAAGCGUCCUGGAAGGCGGUGACAUUCCCCUGCAGGGGCUCAGGGCUCUGAACAAGCGCCAUCCAAGCUCGUCUUCCUCUAAAGUGGACCAUAAAGGUGGGAAUGGCUACAUAAUUUCACCUUCUUCCUCUGUAAAUAGCCCAUCAGUUCUUGCCAGUAGUUCGCUUGGUUACCCGUGUAAGAAUAAGAAGCCUUUAUCUGCCGCCAAAGCCUGCCUCCCUGAAAUCCUGCCCUCCAAGUUCAAACCCAAGCUGCUGCCCUCGAGCGGCGAAGCUCGGGAAGUGAAAGCGGAACCCGCGAGGCGCCCGAAGGCGCACAGCUGUGAGGACCUGCGGGAUGGUGGGAGCAGGGGAACGCCCUUGAGCCAGGGAGGGCCAAACCCUGACGCCAAGGCCGAGAGGAGGGCGGGCAGUGCCAACGGCCUGCCGGAGUGCGGCGCCAGCAGCCCCACUUGGAGGACCACGGCGGAGUUCACCGCCAUGUACAGGACCAUGCACCACAUCCGCCGGCCGGGCUCGGAGGGCUCCAGUCCCCGUGGGAGUGUGCGCAGUCUGGCCUCGCUGUUUGAGAGGGAGGGCUGCGGGGGGGUGGAGAAGGGGGAGGGCGAGGAGCCAGGGACUGUCCCCCGGCACGCCGUUUCCUCCCGAGUGACGGAGUUUGAGCAGAUCAUCCAGCGCUCCUGCUCCAUGCCCACGCUGCACAGCGGCCCCGUCCCCGGCCCCGCCCCUUCCUACAUGACCUCUGCUGUCUCUGCCGAGUCCUUGCUCAUGACAGAUCCGCCUGCAAGGGAGGACCCGCCUGUGGUGAAAGAGGACUCGGUGUCCGGGAGUGAGGUGGCAGAGGAGUUGCCGUCGUCGGAGUUCAGCGACAACACGAGGGCUGAGUCUCCCCCAGGGACGGAGACGGAGGUAGACCACAGCUGCUCCCAUGCCUCAGCCAAUAGCUCUUCCCCCUGCACCACAGCCACGCCUAUCCUGCACCACCCCCAUCUUCACCACCAACACAAGCCCAGCAAGUGCAAAGGGACCUGCCCAGCUUCCUACACCCGAUUCACCACUAUCCGCCGCCAUGAGAAGCAGCAGGCCCUGGCCCAACGAGACAAGCAGGCCGUGCCAGACAGAAAGAAAGCCUUUCCUGGGAGUCUGUUCCUCAUGGGACCAGCACCCUUUCGCUUGAAAAAAACGCUACUCAGUCAACAAGUGAAAAAGACUACGGCUUUUUCAGCCACAAAAGCCACAGCAAGCAGCCUCAAGCUGCCCCUCUCAGAAAACAGCAACUCCUGUGUCUCAGGCGACCCAAAGCCACUUAUCCCGCAGCGCAUGUCUUCCCUGGAGGUUCUGGAGAGGCUGAGCAAUGGGGAGGGUUCCCCGUCAUCCCCAGCGCCUGGCUGCCAACGUCUCCUUAACGGCGGCCAUGUUGGGUUGGCCCAGGACAGCCUGGACUCCAACAGAAAUGUCCUGCAUCCGAUGGCGCCGCACCACCGAGAUUCUGAUUCUCCACGCCACUUCGGUGACCACACUGAAAACACAGAGGAAGCUCUCCGGAGGCGGUAUGGGGAUAAAGAGAAAAUUCUGGAAGAGCAGAGACGUCUGAAGCGGGAGCAGGAGGAGGCAGACACCGCAUCCCGGCGACACACCAGUCACUUCCUCACACACCACCAGUUCAUCACCAAUGAACGAUUCGGAGACCUGCUCAACAUCGACAACACCGAGAAGCGGAAGUCCGGCUCAGAGAGGACACCUGCCCUGGCCAAAUUUGACUUCAAAGCUGAAACAUUAAAGGAGUUACCUUUUCAAAAAGGAGACAUUGUGUACAUCUGUCGACAGAUCGAUCAGAACUGGUAUGAAGGAGAGCACCAUGGCAGAGUGGGGAUUUUCCCUCGAAGUUACGUGGAGCUCCUGCCACCUACAGAAAAGGCCCAGCCAAAGAAGCAAGCCCCGGUCCAGGUGCUGGAGUACGGCGAAGCCCUGGCCCGUUUCAACUUCACUGGGGACACAGCAGUGGAGAUGUCUUUCAGAAAGGGGGAGCGGAUAACGCUAAUCCGCCGUGUGGAUGAAAACUGGUAUGAGGGUAAAAUCGCCGGCACUAAUCGCCAGGGCAUCUUCCCUGUCACCUACAUCGAGGUGCACAAACGGCCAAGGGUCAAGAACGGUGUGGAUUACCCUGACCCUCCCAUCAGCCAGUCGCCAAGUCGCAGCAGCAACGCCUCCCCACAGCCCCUUCGAAACCGUCUGACCACUGCCCCCCUCCCCCUGCCCCGCUCCGACCGGCGCUCCGUGUCCCCUGAGAUGCACGCCAUCUCCUCUGAAUGGAUUUCUCUGACCAUGGGGACUGGCUGCAGCCCCCCUGCGGCCCCGACACCCCCCCUGCCCCCUCCGCCCUCUGUCUCCUACCGCUGGGGAGAGUACCUCCCACCCUCCCUCUCCGCCAGCCCCACCCCUCCCGUCAGCAGCAGCCCCUACCUCGUGUCCCCCGCCGCCUCGCCCUCUGCCUCCCCCCUGCCUCCGCCCCACCCUCCCCGGCCCAGUUCGGCCACUCCCUACCUUACCUUCACCCCUCCCCAGGGGGAGGAGUUUCUGCUGUCCCCGCCCUCGCCCCGCCUCUCCCGCAGCCUCAGCCCCUGCGGUGGAGCGGGGUUGGAGGGCUGGCUGGGGGCAACGAACCCCCUGAGCAGCCUCCUGGGGGAGGGGGCAGAGCUGGACAGGGGGAGCGAACGGGAGGCUCUGGGGGAGUUGGCCAGCACCCCAGGAGAGCUGGUGAAGAAUGAAAGUGAUUACCAGGGAAGAUCCUCCAGGAGUCCUGUUAUGCUAUUUGACAUCCAGGAUAAUGUGGUGAAUGCCAACUCAUUUGCGGAGGCGGUGUGCAAGGAGAUCAUGAACAUCGCCGAGACAUCGGUGCGGUACUGCAGCACCCUCUCCCGUCCACCUGAGUCUGUGCGCAAACUGCCCUCCCACCCCAGUAAACAGUCUCUCAUCGUUUCCCAGCAACCUCAGUCACACAGCAGCAGCCCUGAGCCCAGCCGCCCCAGCUGUGGAGUUUUCCAGGCCCUGUAUAGCUAUGUACCACAGAACGAGGAUGAGCUGGAGCUGCGGGAGGGAGAUCUGGUCAACGUCAUGGAGAAAUGUGAUGAUGGCUGGUUUGUCGGUACCUCCAGAAGAACAAAAGAGUUUGGCACUUUCCCAGGGAACUAUGUGAAGCCUGUUAAUUUGUAAACACUGUAGACUGUACAGCCUCUCUGAAUGCAUUCUACUCACAUCCCUUGGCUCCCUGAUGAGCUUGGAAAACAAAUCAAUAUAUUUGCGCUAGAGGUGUUUUGCAAAUUGUCUCUUGGCCAGGUGAACGCAAAGGUUUGGGUAUGUGAAAAAUGAGGUGCGAGAUUCUUCUGUGGUGCAGAAGUUAUUUCUGAUAGGAGAGAAAAGGAGAAAGAGAGAAAGAAAGAGAGAGAGAGAAAAACCACAGAUUCACUGCCCAAACUCUCCUGUAUGGUGGGCCCCUCUGCCAUGCUCUUCAUUCUGCAGGCACACAGGAUAUUUUAACAGUGUUGUGAGAAUGUUGUGAGAAUGUUAGCUGAGUACGUUGGCUGGUGUCUCCCCAGCUGUCCAUCACAAGCCCCUCAGUUAUGAGAAAGCCUAUAUAAAUUGAAGUCUUGCCAUAUUGUUUACAUGAAUACAAGCACAGUUACAAUACAGGCUACCUUGUCAUGUCACAGUACAGUUAUUGAAGAUAGUAAUACUUCAUAGAUGUUACAGUGGUGUUUAGAUUCAAAUUUUCCAACUUUUUUGACUGAUUUUAUGAAAAUACCUUUAUCUUUACUCACAUUUUAACAUUCAUCUAGUGGGAGUAUGAAUGUCCCAUUGCAUACCAGGUCGCACUCACAGUUCACUUUGUAUUGGUGAAGUCUAACAUGUUCAGAGGUUUAUGAAGAACUUUUCAAAUUAUCAAUGAACUUAGCUGAGCAAGUGUGUGUGUGUGUGUCUGUGUCUGAGAGACAAAGAGGCUGGGAGCCACAUCUCCCUGUCAGUCACCUUCACUUGUGAAUCUACACAUUCUGUGCAGCCUCCAAAUUCCUGUAUUCAGACUUCAGUGUAUAUACGUAUUUACCACGUCUGUAGGAACUAUUUAUCAUUUGCUUUUUUUUUUACUGUUCCAUUUUAUAUUAUUGUUUGGUUAUGCUUUGUAUUUUCAUAACAUAUCCUCAAAUAUAGGAGAGAAGAAUUGAUAAACAGAGUGGUUUCUUACUUUGCUGUGGCAUUUUUAUUAUGAUCAUUAUUAUCAUGAUCAUAAU